GGGAGUUGACUGAGGCAAGAUCGGGUUUCGGGCGUAGGCUUCCCUCACCAAUUAGAAAGAAGAUGUCUUGCGCUGAGUAUUCUUUUCAUGUGCCAAGUCUAGAGGAGCUUGUUGGACUUCUGCAGAAGGGGCUAACGGAUAACUUUGCUGAUGUCCAGGUCUCUGUAGUUGAUUGCCCUAAUUUGACCAAGGAGCCAUUUACCUUUCCCGUAAAAGGUAUCUGUGGGAAAACUAGAAUUGCAGAAGUAGGAGGUGUGCCUUACUUAUUGCCUCUUAUAAAUAAAAAAAAAGUUUAUGAUCUAAAUAAAAUCGCAAAAGAAAUCCAGCUUCCUGGAGCUUUUGUUCUUGGAGCAGGAGCAGGCCCAUUUCAGACUCUUGGAUUUAAUUCUGAGUUUAUGCCAGUUGUUCAAACAGAAAGUGAACACAAACCUCCUGUGAAUGGAAGUUACUUUGCUCAUGUUAACUCUGCAGAUGGAGGGUGCCUACUUGAGAAAUACAGUGAGAAAUAUCAUGAUUUUGGGUUUGCAUUACUGGCUAAUCUUUUUGCCAGUGAAGGCCAACCUGGAAAGGUCAUUGAGGUGAAAGCCAAAAGAACUGGAAAACUUAACUUUGUGACUUGUAUGAGACAGACUCUUGAAAAACAUUAUGGAGAUAAGCCUGUAGGAAUGGCAGGUACUUUCGUGAUGCAGAAGCGAAAAGUGAAGACUCAUAUCAUGCUGGCAGAAUUUUCUUCCUGCCCAUUGAACUCUGAUGAAGACGUGAAUAAAUGGUUACGUUUUUAUGAGAUGAAGGCUCCUUUGGUUUGUCUGCCAGUUUUUAUCUCCAGAGACCCAGGGUUUGAUUUGCGGUUGGAGCACACUCAUUGUUUUAGUAAUCAUGGAGAAGGUGGACACUACCGUUAUGACACCACCCCAGAUAUAGUGGAAUAUCUUGGAUACUUCUUACCUGCAGAGUUUCUCUAUCGCAUUGAUCAACCAACAGAGACCCAUUCAUUUGGGCGAGAUUAAAUCGACUGAUACUCGUUUGACUGAUUAACUCAUUAAUUGAUACUAAUAUAAAGCCUAAUAGAAAUGAUCUCACUACUUAAUAAGCCCUAUUUUUUUUUGGCCUUUGAAAUGAAAGGUAUGUUGACACUGUGCUCUCUAUUACUUCACAGAUCUAUCUGAAAGGGAUUAUUGGGAACAAAGACACAUGAUGGAGAUGUUCUUCAUUCUUUUUAUUCUAAAAAUCAGUCUUAUGUUUAUAAUUAAAUAUAAACAGGAUUAAGAAUCAAGUGAUGAUCCCUACUAGCUAAUGGCAAUAAUUUACAUUUGUAUAUUCAGUUUUUCAAGUUAGUCUUACAACUGCUAAGUGGAUGUUUCUGGGUAUUAGAAAAAUCAGUGCUGGAAAUGUUGAUAGUUGUUAAAUCUUUCUACUGAAUUUUUAAACUCCAUUUUCGAAGUCAAAGUACACUUUUUCCAUGGAAUAAGUGGUCAGAGGGAGCAACUUUACUCCUUUUGGUGAUGUUGAUACUCCGAAGUUUGCAAUUUGCCUUUAACAAAUAUUAGCAACCAGACGGUUAGCCAUGAUUCCUCCUUUGUUUGGACUGUCAGUUGGAAGCAGUUUCUGCCU